CGAAGCUUGUGGCGAGUCAGAGCGCAGGCUGCACCGAGAAGGGAGGUACAGACUGCACUGCACGGCCUUUUUAUAUUUCGUAUGAGCACAACGCCUUGAUUUGUGAAGAUGUGGACGGCUAUAGGGAAACUGUUGCUUUUACAUAUGAUACUCGUGGGGUUUCUGCCGGUAAACGGAAAUAAUCCGGACUGUGAAAGCGGUCAGUUUCAAUGCAGGAACGGCAGGUGUAUCCCCACUCCAUGGAGAUGUGAUGAGGACGAUGACUGCUCGGACAACAGCGACGAGGAGAAUUGCCCAAAAAAGACAUGUGCCACAACAGACUUUGCAUGUAAGAAUGGGCAGUGUGUCCCGGCCCGAUGGAGGUGUGAUGGAGAACCGGAGUGUCCAGAUGGUUCGGAUGAAGCAGACUCCACCUGCAGUCGACAGACGUGUCCACCAGAGAAGUUUGACUGUGGCGGCUCGACGAGCAAAUGCGUGUCAUUGUCAUGGCGCUGCGAUGGUGAGCGGGACUGUGAAAAUGGAGCAGAUGAGGAGCAGUGUGCUGCAGAUGCCAAGGCUUGCCCUGCUAAAGAGUUCCAGUGCCGUAACCGUCUGUGCGUGGCUCCCACAUUCGUCUGCGACGGGGAUGAUGACUGCGGCGACGGCAGUGAUGAGGAGAAGUGCACGGCAGCCACUGCCAGCACCUGCGGGCCCCACGAGUUUCGCUGUAACGACUCAGAGUGUAUUCCAGCGCCGUGGAGCUGCGACGGAGACCCCGACUGCAAAGACAAGUCAGAUGAAUCUCUGGAGCGCUGCAGCCGCAGGACAGAGCCUCAAAAACCCCACUGCCCACCGGGGGAGUUCCGGUGCAGGAGUGGAGAGUGUAUUCACCUCAACUGGAAAUGCGACGGAGAUGUAGACUGCAAGGACAAGUCUGAUGAGGCCAACUGUCCUGUGCUGACCUGCCGUCCUGAUGAGUUUCAGUGUGGCGAUGGCUCCUGCAUUCACGGCACUAAACAGUGUAACAAAGUGCACGACUGUCCAGAUUUCAGCGACGAGGCUGGCUGCAUCAACAAAACCACCAAAUGUGAAGGCCCGCUGAAGUUCAUGUGUAAGAGCGGGGAAUGUAUCGAUAGCGGUAAAGUGUGCGACAGUAUCAAGGACUGCAAGGACUGGUCUGAUGAGCCUGUGAAGGAGUGCGGUCUCAAUGAAUGUGCCAUCAACCAUGGCGGCUGCUCUCACAUAUGUAAGGACCGCCAGAUCGGCUAUGAGUGUGAAUGUCCCUCGGGCUACAAGCUCCUUGACAAGAAGACUUGUGGAGACAUAGAUGAAUGCGAGAACCCUGAUGCUUGCAGUCAAAUAUGUAUCAACCUCAAAGGCGACUACAAAUGUGAAUGCUACGAGGGUUACGAGAUGGACCCGGUUACCAAGACGUGUAAAGCAGUGGGUAAGAGCCCGUAUCUUAUGUUUACAAACCGACAUGAGAUCCGGCGCAUUGACCUGGUGAAGAAGGACUAUACGCAGGUAGUGCCAACCCUGAAGAACGCCGUGGCCCUAGAUGUGGACGUGACCACCAACAAGAUGUACUGGUGUGACCUCUACCAUCGCAAGAUCUUCAGCGCAUACAUCAACAAAGCCAGCGAUGCUUCUCAGCAGAUCACGCUCAUAGACACUGCGCUACAUUCACCAGAGGGCUUAGCAAUGGACUGGGUCCAUAAGAACAUCUACUGGACCGACUCUGGACACAAAACUAUCUCAGUCGCGACUGGCGAUGGCAAGAAAAGGAAGGUGUUGAUCGACACAGAGCUUGGGGAACCGCGUGCCAUCGCCGUUGACCCAAGACAAGGGUUCAUGUACUGGUCAGAUUGGGGAACGCAGGCCAAGAUCGAGAAAGCUGGAAUGAACGGAGUGGAUCGACAAGUUCUGGUUUCAGAGAGGAUCGAGUGGCCCAAUGGGAUUGCGCUUGAUCUGUCUAGCAGACGACUCUACUGGGUGGAUUCCAAGCUUCAUCUGAUCUCCAGUGUGGACCUGAAUGGAGACAACCGUAGAGUUUUGCUGUCCUCCAUGGAUCAUCUCGGACAUCCCUUUGCCCUGACUCUUUUUGAGGACCGAGUUUACUGGACGGACUUGGAGGAUGAGGCCAUCUACAGCGUAAACCGGCUGACAGGGCAUGAUGUGGCAAUGCUGGCUCAACAUCUCAACAACCCACUGGAUGUGGUGGUGUUCCACGAGCUCCGGCAGCCUCAAGCUCCAGACACAUGCAACAUAGGAAGUCUGCCCAAUGGCGGCUGUGAGUACCUGUGCCUCAGAGCUCCUCAGAUCACAGACCACUCGCCCAAGUACACGUGUGCCUGUCCCGACAACAUGGAACUGGGCCCAGACAUGCGCCGCUGUGUGACAGUCAAACCCAAAACAACGACUUCUGCAAGUACAACCACUACUACAGCACCAGAACCUUCUACUACUGUGACUCCUACAACCACCACUCCAGCUAUAAACACAGAUACACCUACAACAACCAGUACAAUCUCUACAACUACAUUUACAGUGACAGUGUCAAGUACAACCACCACCAGCCCCACCACAACCACUCAUCCCAGCUCGCAUCGUUCCACCACCACACACUCCACAGCCACUUCAACCACAGUGACCACUCAGUCCAGCACUACAGCACCAGGGAAAACGCCAACCUCCACCCAGACGACAGCAGACCACAGACAGACGUCUACAACCAUCCACGGCAACAGCAUACAAGGGGCCAAUGGCAAUCUCUCUCAUCGCGCUGGUAGCGGAAAUGACCACUUCCUCCUUGGUAGCAAUAUAACCGUUGCGGUUCUGGGUAUAGUCAUUCCAAUAGUUCCUAUCCUUGCCACAGUGGUCAUCGGCCUGAUGUGUACCGGAGGCUACCUGGUGUGGCGCAACUGGAGGAGACGGAACACCAAGAGCAUGAACUUCGACAACCCUGUUUACCGCAAGACCACAGAGGAUGACGACGACGAAAUCCACAUCGGCCGCAGCGAGCAGAUCGGCCACGUCUACCCUGCAGUGAGUGGCAGUGCCAGACAGCCAUACCUAGCACUGCCACUGGGGGGCGGUAUCCCAGACCCGGCAGCUCACUGGUACUCAGGGGCACCUAUGCUGUCCAGCGCAAAGUGAACAAAGGGAGGAAGGCAGUCGGAUAGUGAUAAAAAGUGGGCUAAGGCAGUGUUCCAUAAGAGAGGGCAUUAUGCUGCCUCUUCCCAAACACAUUUAUAUUCAUAAUUCACCACACAUGUUCAUUCAAAUGUAUGUUUAAUUAGUGUAUGGAUCACCAUAUGAGGUUUCAUUAGUCUGUAUGUGUUACCCAUAGGCUGAGUCCGAAAUCGCAUACUCUCUGAGUAGGUAUUUCUUUUGAAUAAGUAAUUGCGAAUAUUGUAGUAUAUAGUAUGAAUGUGUGUAAUAUGAGUUUAAUCCAAAUGUACUACAUGUUGUCAUUAGCCCCUAUCACACAGUAAUACCAGUAAAUUGCCGUAAAAUUACCGCAACGACUUUACUGGUAAAUACAAAAAUGUGCUAUUCACACAGGCAACGACAUUCCGUCUUUUUACAGGUAAAGCACCGUUCACACAUUAUUUCAAAAUACCAGUAAAUUCUGAAUCAAAAUGACCUCUUAAUGGCUGCACCUCCUGGUGUUGUGUUUGUAAACACGGAGGGGUAUACGUGGUCAGUGUUUUUGUUGAUGUUUUCAUUUUUGUGUCAAAUGUUUACAUUCAUGCAGCUGCUUUUGGCCCAGAGACAUCGUAUUAGUUGACUUCAAAUUGAACUAUACAGCGCAGAAUAAAUGCGUCCUCAGCAAAUUUUGAAUUUCAAUGGCUCUGAAUUGGCCCAGAGUAGAUAUCUUACGUCAGUGAGUUCUGAAAUUGUACGUGCUAAUACCGGUAAUCUUCUUCUGCCUUCACACAGAGGAGAUUACCGGUAAUUUACUGGUAAUGUUACAACUUCUCAUACCAGUAAACUGCUGGAAUGAAUUUACCAGAAUUUUGAAAAGGUCCUGUUCACACAUUAUCUCUUAAAGGUAAUUUACUGGUAAUUUAGCAUUAAAGUCUGUAUGUGUGAAAGGUGCUAUUGUCAUGUGACCUAUCAUCUCUUUACCUUGGCAUAAUGGGAUAGUGAAGCACCCAUUCGAUGCAGAAAUAGUAGGUCACCCAGGAACUUUUCGCCUGUAUGACUACUAUGAAUUCACACAUAUUACUCUUUUCGCAUACAGUUUUCUCCUGCAAUGUACUAGGAUAUUAUGCGAUUUUGGAUGCAGCCACAGUCUUUGGUUUCUCGUGUUGUGUGUGUGUGUAAAGCUUUAAAUGCUUUCCACGUUUGAAAGCUUUGAAAUUGUGCUCUCCCGUUAUCCCAUAGUUGUUUUUUUAUGAAUUCAGUAUAACUGCUUUAGGGAUGAGCAACGAGCACCUUAAAUGACUGGACAAUCUUUUAAUAUAUUCUAAUUUAUUUAUUUAUGUAGGUGUUUUGCUGGUAAUUUAUUUGGGUGAUGUAAUGAUUUAUUCAUAUAUUUGCAUAACCGUCAGCCUGGGCUGAAAUAGUUAACAUGGCACUGUUGAGAGCUGUUAGUCAGAUGGAGGGAUUAUAUUGUGAUUUGAGCUUCCUGCGCUACAGUCGGCAUGUCAAGCACAAGCAGCGAUAAAGACAUCAGUCGCGUGGCAGAAACGGGGCGGGGCGCCCCAGUGGCAUAACAGGAUUCUCUCAAGCGUCCCACACGUCGCGCUCUUCACUGUGUGUGUGUGUGUGUGUGUGUAUAUAGAGGAUCUGCAUAUCAGAUGUUUCUGUAUCCGUCUCCUUCUCCAUGGGCCUUCUUAUUCUUUCCAAUGUGUAUAUUUCUCACCUUCUUUUCUCUCAACACGUGUAACUGUUUUUUAUCUGCUCUCCGCAGCGCGUGGCGCUCAGUCCGGACGAUGACGAAUUCCCCUGAGGGCAAUUCUUGCACUCGCGCUCUCCUUCUCCAUCCCUGAAUCCAUGCAUCCUUUAGUCCUCCAUCUCUCCUUCCAUCGAGGAGGUCACACGAGACAACGCAGCAAGGUGCACAGAGCCAAAAGGACACAAGAGCACUUGCUCUCCACAGCCGAGAGCUACAAACUGGGUUUGUCUUCUCGUAGUGUCUUUUUCAGCCCAUAAACCCUCAGUCGGGCAAUAAUCAUUAGUUCUUAAAUUAACUACUAGCAUCAUUCCUGCUCUGUGUCAGUAGUAGUAGGUAGUGUUGUUUAAUGAUGACUAACUUCAUAGCUCAUCACGUUAGUAGUCGCUAACACUGAGUGGCUCUCCUGCUGCACUUGUACUGUAGUUUUUUAAUUAGAAAUAGUUUUUUAAGCUGGUUUGAGCUGCGCUAUGGCCAUUUCGUUUGGCAAAACUUGUUGGGAGAGAAUUGAGAACAAUCCAUCCUGUGAGAAUGCGAGAUACGUAGAAGGAAAAUUUGAAAUAGGAUGGAGAUGGGAUGUGGAAAAUUCAUAUUUGCAGACAUACUAAACACAAAUUCCACCAUGUGGCUGUUAUGCAUUCAUAUAAUCUCACAAACAAAUAAUAUACCACAAACAAUAAGAUUUACCUUGUAAAUAAAUCAGAAUCUGUAAUUUUCUGUCCACUCUUCCAAAUGCCAAGACUAGUCUACUUUCUUGUCUUCCAUAGUCCCUCCAGUUAGAUUUGACCCUUGUAAAAGAUCUGCAGACACUAUCUGGAGAUGAAGGGUUUCACCUCCCAACUUUGAGAGGCAAUAUGUUUUUCCAUUUUUAUUUAUUUCACCAGCACUGGGGCUUCCAUUUUUCUCAAGUUUCUAGGACCAACUAAAUUCUUCCUGCCCAGGCACAUUUAUAAACUCAAAACUUUAGCUCAGGACAUCAGUUAUCACUACAAUCUGUGUGGUUUGUUAUCACAAACACGCUAAUAGAUACGGUAGCCAGGGUUUGAUAAUGACUAAAAUGCUGUUUGUUCAUAUCUACAGUCUAGAUCGCUCCCUCUCAGACAGGCAAAAACACACUCGCACAAACACAAAUGUGUCUUUUCCGCCCCUACAUUCGUCAUGCCUCGGGUAAAACUCUUUAGCAUUUAGCAUGCUGACAACAAGACACCGCCUGCCAUAUUGGGUGGCUUAAUGGUGUGAUAGAUUAGAGUCGUCGAUCAAAGCUUUGCUCCUCUGAACAGUCAUCUGUUCAACGCAUGGCACAGGAAAUGUGGAGUGCCUGAAUAUAGGCUUCCUGUACAUAUCGACUCUCCAACUCUCUCCAUGUGAUGAAUGAGCGCUUGGUUAUUUCUGUAUCACUGUCAGAGGGACACUGACUGAUUGAACGGAUGUAGAACAAGAAAAAAAAACUCAAACCAGCCAAAGGUUUUUUUGCUGGUUUUAGUCAGACUAGUCUGAAUUGAUUGUUUAAAGGGGUUUGAUAUAUUUAAAACAGUGGUUAUCAAAUUCUUUAACACUUUGUCCAAGACAAAAAUUGAAGGCUUUCUAAUCUAGACUGAAAUGCAUGAACUAAAAAAAUAUGUAAUUUAAGACCUGUUGGUGAACCCCUGAUAGUUUUCCAUUUGCCCUGGUCGAGAACCACUGAUUUGCACAUCUUAGAGGCCAUCUAAGCCUCAUCUAAACCAGCAAAAAAAUAAAAACACCUAAGGCUGGAUUAAGGUUUUCCAGCAUUGAUUAAAACUUGGCAUGUGGCAGUAUGUGUCUGUGUACUGGGGUGUGUUGUUAGAUCGGAUGGUUUUGAAGAACUAGUCGUGAGUUGCCCUUUGUUGGAGAGUACCAAAAGUCCCUGAGUAUGUUUGGUUCUGGCCCGCAUGUGGGUUGUCUCUCAUCUGGAGUGGUUCUUUGUUCCUGCCACCUUUGCUCUUCUCUGUUGUGAUGAGGCAUCUUGUGUGCGGCUCUUGUAAAACAUCCCUCCACAUUUCAAAGAAUCCUCCAUUAAGUCACUGUUUGUUUUCCAUUAGGAAGAGAGACAGUGUGGGAGUUUCGAUGCUCAGGCUUUGGUCUUAAAGAAGCUGCAGUUUGUAGUUGGUUUUCUGAUCAGAUGGGUUUGAGAUGAAGACAUUAUUUGGAGAUAACAAGCCUUUUGUCAUCGAUAUUAUAGUUAGUUUGAUGAAUCUUCAUGAAAGUAUAAUGGAUAAAUCGAUUUUCUAGAUUUUUUUUUAAAUGGAAGCAGUAACAUUUUAGAUGCUUUGAAUACUUUCAAAAUAUAUCAGUUCUGAACAUGUGAAACUUUAGUUUUUGAUUUGAAAAUCUCAGACUAGCAAUACAGGGUAAACAAACUGCUUCAUGUGCUUUUUCAGAACUGUAAUGUCAUAAAUUAUUGUUUGAUCAUUAUCAAUGUUGGGGGGGGGGGAUGCUUAAACCAGCCUUAUCUAGUUUGCUGGUCUUAUUAAAUCUGGUUUGCUGAUUUUAGAUGGGCACUUAUCAUCUGGUUUAGACUGAAAGACAAGCUUGUCAACCAACUAAACCACCUGGACACCAGACUAGGAGACCAACUAAGACCAGAAAAAAACAGCCUAUGUUUUAGAUUGGUUUUGGGCACUUGUUAGUUGAUUAGGCUGGGAAACUAACAAAGACCAGAAAAAAACCCAGCCUAAACUGGUUUGACAUGUAUUUUGGACACUUAUUGGCUUAUUAGACUGGAAGACAAGCUUGUUGACCAACUUGAACCACCUGGACACCAGACUAGGAAACCAACUAAGACCAGAAAAAAAAAAGUCUUAACUGGUUUUAGAUUGGUUUUGGGCACUUGUUAGUUUAUUAGGCUGGGAGACCAACCAAGACAAGAAAAAGACCAGUCAAGACCAGCCUAAAC